UAUGUCUUGAGUAUAUCUCUGCAGGGAACUGACUUGGGAUGCCAUCUGCUGGAAAAUAAGGGAGUUAGCGAGAAUAACAUUUAUUGACAAAAUAUUUCAAAAUAUUUGACAAUAUCAACCAGGUUGUUUUGGGAUGACAUGGUUCUAUCUGCUCUACAGUCAUCUGUGUGUAGCAGCAGAUGCUAGCUUGUUCAUUACUUUGUCUACAUUAAUUGCACAGUAAGCAAUGUUGAAGUUUUCAAGGUUAUAUUUGAGUUAAUAAAUGAGUAUUCUACAUAGCAAGUUAAUUUUCGUAAACCUUAUUCUUCAGUUAUCUGUAUCAUUCAGUCAAACCAGAAUGGAAGUUGAUGAGUCAAGUUUAUCAUCUGACCUGUUUAGUAAUAAUGAUUCUUCAGAUGAUUACAUUCCACCUACCUCCUCUGAAGAGGAUGGAGAACGUUGCAACAUUUUUAAUUUCAAGAGGAAGAAGAGAACAUCUUGUAAUAGAGCACAGAAUAUAGCUGCACAUGACAGUUUCCCAUAUUCCUGAUCCUGAUGAUGACCCAGACGAUCCCAAACCACAAAGUCCUAAUGAAGUUGGAAGAUAUUCUUGAAGAUCAGAUAGUCACUCAAAAUGACAAGGAACAAAAUGAUUUAUUAGAUGAGACCACAACCACUCCAAAAAAAAAUGUGAGAAAGAAAAUUCUGAACCCUUCUAAAUGGAAAAUCAAUGUGAGAAGAGAGGCGCAUCAGAGCGGCAAAGAGUACACCAACAAGAAAGGGGAGAAAGUAAAAGCAAAAAAAGUGAAAAAUCUCAAAAAUUGUGCAGUGUCCUGUAAGUACAAGUGCAGUUCUAAAAUAUGUGAUCAAGAAAGAUCAGACAUUCAUUUAGCAUUCUAUACUCUAAAAACUUCCACAGAGAAGAGGCAUUUCAUAUUGAACACAACUGAUAGAUCCCUAACCGCUAGGCCGAAAAGGAUACAUGUACCUGUACAAGACCCAAAAAGUAUUGCUAGUGAUGAAAGUGAUGGUUCCUCAGUUACUGAUAAACCAGAAAAAUCUUCCAGAAGAAAAUACUCUUUCAUGUUUUUCUUUAAUGUAAAGAGUGAAAAAAUUCAAGUGUGUAAGAAGUUUUACUUAGGAACCCUGGACAUUUCGCAGAAGCCUAUCUAUACAGCUCAUGCAACAAAGAACAUGAACACUAACACUCCUACAGAAGAUAAGAGAGGAAAAAGUAUGGUGAACCGUAGAAAACCUGAAGGCAAUGUUGAUUUUUGUCACAAUCAUAUUGAAUCUUUUCCAUGCAUAGAAUUGCAUUAUUGCCGCAGUCACACAAACCGCAAAUAUUUAGGCUCUCAUCUGAGCAUCUCAAAAAUGUACAGCCUUUAUGUGGAAGAUUGCAAAGAAAAAGAUAUUCCACCAGUGAAAAAAUCUAUGUAUUAUAGAGUGUUUGAAAUGGAAUUCAACUUGGGGUUCCAUAUUCCAAAGUCAGAUCGUUGUGACGUUUGUGAAGCAUACAAAGUUGCCAAGAAAGUGGGAACAUUGACAGAAGAAAAAGAGAAUGAUUUUCAACAUCAUCAACUUCUGAAGACACAUAUGAGAGAAUCUCGCAAACAAGAAAAAGACCAAAAAGAGCCAUGUUCUCCUGUAUUACUUUUUGAUCUGCAGAAUGUCAUCAUGACCCCUCACGCAGACAUCAGUAGCCUGUUUUAUUUGAGAAAACUAAACAUCUAUAACCUCACAGCUCAUUUUUCUGUAACCAAGAAGGUGUAUUGUGCACUUUGGCCAGAAUCACUUUCAGGUCGAGCAGGAAAUGACCUAGCAAGCGCCUUGAAAAAGAUUCUAGACAUUGUCAUCGAGGAAAAUGAGCUAACCAAAAUAACUCUCUGGAGUGACUCCUGUGUACCACAAAAUCAUAAUUCCAUUAUGUCUAAUGCCAUUCUUGACUUCAUUAGAACAAAUCCACAGAUUAAAAAUGUUACUGUGAAAUAUUCACUGCCAGGGCACUCCUGUGUUCAGGAGGUAGAUAAUGUUCACAGCCAGAUAGAAAAAGCCAUGAGAACAACGGAUUUUUAUUCCCCCAUUGGAUUUAUCUGCCUUCUAAAAUCAGUCUCACCCAAAAAUCCCUACAAGAUUAUCCAGAUGAAGGAAUCUGAUUUCAAGGACUUUGCAUCAACCGCCAAACUGCUCAACUACAAGACCAUUCCUUAAACAAAAACAUCAGUUUUGGAAUUUACUCCGCAGCUCAGUGUUGUUCAAUUCAUAUCAUCUCAUGACCCAUAUGAGCCAAUGAAUGCUGCUAACAUUCGCUAUCAAGAAACACCUUUACUGCGUAAAAGAAAUCAGAACUAUCUACUAAUUCCAUGACUUCAGUAUUUGAAAUAAGACCUAGGAUUCAAAGGAAAAUACCAGAAGUAUGUGACCUCAAGAAAAGGGAUAUCAAACGAGCCUUCCCCUUCAUGCCCCUACAAGAUUGGGAAUACUAUCAAGUUGUUUUGAAAAUGGAGUGAAGAAUUGUUUUAUGUAGGCUACAAGUAUCAGUUAUUAGCUAUUUUACAAUCACAAAAAAUACAGUUAGUUUCAUUUUCAUUUUUAAUACUUGAGUAAACAUUAUUUUCUAUGUGUAAUGAUCUGUAAUGUGCAAAAUAAAGUUAAUAUUGUUUCACUUACAUCUUGCAGUUACACCAUUUUUACCUUAGAGCUAUUAUAC